ACCGUUCUCUUUUCCUUCUACAGGAUGGUGGCUGAUCCUGACAAUCCUUUGGUGUUGGACAUCCUGACGGGCUCUUCCACCUCCUACUCUUUCUUCCCCGAUAAACCCAUCACCCAGUACCCCCAUGCCGUGGGGAAGAACACCCUCCUCAUCGCGGGUCUGCAGGCCAGGAACAACGCCCGGGUCAUCUUCAGCGGCUCCCUCGACUUCUUCAGCGACGCCUUCUUCAACUCGGCAGUGCAGAAGGCCGCGCCCGGCUCCCAGAGGUAUUCCCAGACAGGCAACUAUGAGCUAGCUGUGGCCCUUUCCCGCUGGGUGUUCAAGGAGGAGGGUGUCCUACGUGUGGGGCCUGUGUCCCAUCACCGGGUGGGCGAGACAGCCCCACCCAACGCCUACACUGUCACUGACCUAGUGGAGUACAGCAUCGUGAUUGAGCAGCUCUCAGACGGCAAAUGGGUCCCCUUUGAUGGUGAUGACAUUCAGCUGGAGUUUGUCCGCAUCGAUCCUUUUGUGAGGACCUUCUUGAAGAGGAAAGCUGGCAAGUACAGCGUCCAGUUCAAGUUGCCUGACGUGUAUGGCGUGUUCCAGUUCAAAGUGGAUUACAACCGGCUAGGCUACACGCACCUGUACUCCUCCACUCAGGUGUCGGUGCGGCCCCUGCAGCACACGCAGUAUGAGCGCUUCAUCCCCUCGGCCUACCCCUACUACGCCAGCGCCUUCUCCAUGAUGGUGGGGCUCUUCAUCUUCAGCGUCGUCUUCUUACACAUGAAGGAGAAGGAGAAGUCUGACUGAGGGGCCGGUGCCCCGGACUCCUUACAACAGACAGGGAGGGUUUUCAUAAGAUUGCUUUUUCUCCCCUUUAUGGUGGGUUUUUGGGGGGUUUUGUUUUUUUAAGCCACAGACAGUGGCACAGCUUACCUCAGCGGGAGAUGGAACACUGAGUACCAAGGGAUGGGGGGUUAGGGAAUAAUUUCUAAGUUUUUCCACCUUGAGUGCUAAGUGUGUUUUUCACAUGUGAAGUCAACUCUCAUUUCUAAAAUAAAGAGAAACAUCGCCCUCAAACUUCA